AUGGGUAGCUUAGCCAAAUUGGUUGCUUCUGAGCAUCCGUUAGCCAUGAAGGUUCAGACUUUGGCGAACAGUUUUGUACGCCUAGAUAUCUCAGUUCCGGGAAGAGUCUUGGCUUGUGUUGAGGCAAGGUCAUCCCUCUUGGAGAAAAUAAGGGCUCAGCAGUUUGAGAAUGCCCAGUUGUGUAAGAUUCGUGAUAAGGUUCUGAGAGGUGAGGCUAAGGAGGCCAUGCAUGAUAGUGAGGGAAUUCUGAGGAUCAAGGGUCGCAUGUGCGUUCCUCGUGUUGGUGAUUUGAUUCAUUUGAUUCUGGAGGAGGCCCAUAGCUCCAGAUAUUCCAUUCAUCCGGGUGCUACGAAGAUGUAUCAAGAUCUGAGGCGGCACUACUGGUGGAGGAGGGUGAAGAGAGAUAUUGCAGAUUUUGUGGCUAAGUAUGGGAAUUGUCAGCAAGUCAAGUUACUAGUAAGGAUUGGUGCUCGUAUCAAAAAGGUUGCCUGUGAGGCAUUGGACUUGCUUUACGAGCUGUGUGUGCGGGUUUGGGAUAGUAAGAAUUACAAGGAAGCUACGGUUAAAAAUCUCUCAAAGCUAAAUCAUAAGGAAUUCUUAGAUGGCUCAGUUGAUAUUAAGGGGAUUCAGAUGGAUUAUAUUAAAGGCUUUAUAGGAAUGAGACUUAUUGGGAUUAUAAAGAAAAUUGAUAAACAAAGAGCUUUUCAGGCAGAGUUGGGUACUCAGUUGGACCUCAGUAUAGCUUUUCAUCCCCAGACUGAUGGUCAGUCCAAGAGGACUAUCCAGGUGCUUCUGAAGAUCUCACCCAUGAAGGGUGUUAUGCGAUUUGGGAAUAUGGGCAAGUUCAGCCCGAGGUACCAUGGCCCAUUUGAGGUUCUCCGUCGAGUUGGAGAUGUUGCUUAUGAGUUGCCUUUUCCACCAGUCCUGUCAGCUGUUCAUCUGGUUUUCCAUGUGUCCAUGCUGAAGAAGUAUCAUUCUGAUGGUUCUUAUAUAGUUCGUUGGGAUUCUGUGUUACUUGAUAAUAAUCUGUCGUAUGAGAAGGAGCUUAUAGCGAUUCAGGAUAGGCAGGUUAGGAAGCUGAGGUCGAAGAAGAUUGCUUCGGUCAAGGUUCAAUGGAAGCAUCGUCCCGUUGAGGAGGCGACUUAG